GAAAUACUGAAUAGACUCAUUUUCACAACAAAGGAAAAAUCUUGAGAAAUUUACAAACUCUGAAUAUUUUUUACAUAUAGAAGAAGUGUAGUUUCAUUUAAAAAUGUUAAGUUUGCAAAUCAGUAGCUCUCUAAGAGAUGUUGUAUCAGAAAAGAGAUUCCAGAAAGACUUAACAAUUGAAAGUUUAAAGGUAUUAAAACAGUGCUUUAUAUGACAAUUGUUUUUACUAUAAUGAAAGUGAUUAACAUCCUUUUUUUGUGCAUGUAGGGUAAACUGGAAAUCAUUACAGGUGGGACGGCAUCCAUGAUGGAUCUUGAAGUUUAUAACGAACAGAGUAAACUCAUUUGUAAACUCGACAAUGAUUCCGCAUUACUCGGAUCUUAUCCGUUAGAAGAUAAUAUGAGAUUACAUGUAGGUAGAAAGAAAUGAAAGUUGGAAUGAAAAUUAUAAAUGUCAAAUGAAAGUACUGUCAUUUCAAUGUAUGAGUGAACAAGUCUAUGCUCAUGCAUUGGAAAUUUCAAUGUUUCUAACAAGCAAUUUGAUAGUUUUAAUUAGAUCAACCAAUCAGUGAGAUGUGAUUGGCUGAUGAAAGUAAAACCUAUCAAAUGCUUUUGAAAAACAUCAAAGUUUCACACAAGCAUGGGCAACAAGUAGAUGCAAAUGACACCAAGUGAUCCAGUGACGAUUUGCUCCUCAAAGUUUUUUUGUUAUUUAGUUAAAGUUAAUUUUAUAUUGUUCUAAAGGUAAUAAACACAGAUCCAUCAAAAGUUCUUGGAGUAUUUGAUGAUGUUUCAAAAGUGGAAAAAUUUGAACUGGAUCAGAGUGAAUAUGAGAAAAAGACUGGUUGGUUUUCUUUCAGUUCUAUUUUGUUAAGCUGCACAUCGUUAAGUUAAUCAUGAGUUAGUAACUCAUCAUUGAGUUCAACUUCAUUAAGUUAAUUGUGCUUUGUUAAAUUGUACCUUGUUAAGUUAAUCACAUAUUGUUUACUUAUCACACAUUGUUAACUAAGUAAAUCACAUCACAUGCUCAUCACAGCUAACAACUUAAAUUGUGAUUAAUCCUUCUUGUGUUUAAUUAAGAUUUAUCCUGAGUUUCUUGCUUUCACAGAUACAGUGUUAGCCUUCAAAAAACGCAACAAACUUGGUCGUUUUGGUGACACAGACCCUGAAGCACAAAAAAAGAAAGAAGAGGAGCAACAAAAAGAAGAAGAGAAAGCAAACACUAUAACGAUAGGCUCUCGUUGCUUGGUUACAAGAUCUGGUGUACCAGCAAGAAAGGGAGCAGUGAGGUUUGUUGGUAACACAGAGUUUGCAGCAGGAUGGUGGAUUGGUGUGCAGUAUGAUGAACCAUUUGGCAAGAAUGAUGGAAGGUAAUUAGUGGACUGGUAAAAAUUUUUUCAGGUCAGCAAUAGGCUAGCAUCACAGUAGCUGACAGCUCAAAAUCUGCCACUGCAGAAGGGUUCACAAUAGGAAUUGUGUGCUUCAAUGUUCUUAAUGCCCUGCUCAUAUCAAACCUUUUUUCAUCCAGUGAUGUUCAACAUAUUGAUAUCCCAAAUCCCCCCCCCCCCCAAUUUUCUUCCUUCCUGUGUCUUGGCAAAACCAGCUAUUGUGGACACUCUUAGGGGGAAUGGUAAUCAAUUAUUUUUUUCUUGCUAGUGUCAGUGGCAAAAGAUAUUUUGAAUGUCCUCCUAAAUAUGGUGCUUUUGUCAAACCAUCUUGUGUUGAAACUGGCGAUUUUCCCGAAGAUGACUUUGAUGAUGAAAUGUGAUAAUUGGUUGAGGAAACAUAAUAGGAAAAUUGAAUAUUUAUCAUUUUAAAGCAUCCAAAUUUUUUUAUCAAAAAGAACAUCUGUACUGAAGAAACUAUCUGUUUUGAUGUCAAGUUUAACUGGAGAUAUUAAAAUAAAUUAUUAAGAUGAUGUAUAUUUAAUUUAAUGUAUUACAGAUAGUAUUAAAACCAAUCAGCUAAUUGGCUGUUGCCAAAAAGAAAACCCCGGAUUCGAAUUGCCGACCCAAUUCACUUACGUACAUCAUUUAAAUACUUGGUUACCUUUGUUCCAUUCUAUAGUUACAUUGUCAGAACAUUGGCAACUAGCCAAUAGUCAUGCAAAUUAUCAGGAUUGAGCACAUUAGCAGACACUUGAUAACACUUAAUUGAAUACACAGCUAAAAACGCACAGGUUCCAAGUUGAUAUCAACAGGCGUGAACAAUGUUGUGCGGCCAACUAUGAACAAGUUGUCAACCAUGUUGUUCCAAGUUGUUACAGUUGAACAAUGCUGUAACAACAUGUUGACAAUACUGUUCAUAGUGGGCCGCACUGCCACAGCCUUGUUCAUGCCUGUUGAUAUCAACCUGGAACAAGUUGUUGAUUUUCACAAUUCUUACACGUGUAGUUGAAGUUUAAUUAAUGUACAAUCUAUAUAUAAUCAAUAACAACUAUUUAUACAUAUUUACAUCUUGAAGUUUGGUUUGUCUUUACUCUUUAGCCUAGAUAGCUGAAUGUGGUGUUACUGAACAAGCCUCUUAAUACAUAAAUAUCUUAUAGACUUGUACUGCCAUUUAAUAGUAAUCAGCAUUCUAUUCCAAACUUGUCAAAAUUUCUAGUGAUAAUUCCUAGUUGUAAAUGAACAGUCCCCAUUGCAACAGUUCUAAGUCUAUACCUAUCAGCUCCAGUGUAAAUCACAUCAGAAGUCUUGAGCUGUGCUCCGCCACCGAGAAAAUAUGAGCGCACUUGUUCUUUCCACGAGCCCGAUGGUCGCCAUGUUACACAGUCUAUAUCGUGUGUCCCUGGCGAUGUAGGAACGUGACAGAACCCGUAACCGUAGAUCUGAUUCCGACCAAAGCUAUCCUGAUACCACACUUGAAAAUGAAACUUCGGCCAGCCUUUUAGACCGUUCGUUGCAAAAUGUAAGUCUAUAGGAUGAGACCAUUUUGCACACUCUUCGUUUUGAGGGUUGUCAACUUGAGUUUGGCCUUCCUUCGCUCCCGCCAGCAAACGCCACGAACCUUCACUGUGAACAGACCAUUUACAAUACAGGUUAUGCGAGGGGAACCCACUUGCUCCGAUAAGCUCACCAAUAAUGUGUACUUCUGCCAUUUUUAGUGCAACUUUACAAAAUUUUCGCAUAAAAAAGACGCCAUUUUGUUUUUCU